AUGGUUGUCAAACAGUUGGCUUUACAAGGAAGUUCUUUUAGUGGGCAUGAUGAAUCUGAUGAUUCUUUGAAUCCGGGGAAAGUUCUAGCUUGGAUUGGUUUUGCAGCGAAGUUGAAUGAUCAAAUCAAUUGUGUAGUUCUUCGUAACGCACCAGGAAAUGCGAAAUACACUUCACCAAGCAUUCAGAAGGAGAUAUUGGGAAUCAUAGCAAAUAGAGUGCGUUGUAAGAUACGCGAGGAGAUUGGAGAUUCUUGUUUCUCUAUUCUUGUUGAUGAAGCAGUUGAUGAAGCAGGAAGGGAACAGAUGUCUAUUAUUUUGAGAUUACAGUUGGCAUUGGUUACUUCUGCAAAGUUGUUCGAAGAGGAGAUCACGCGGCGGGACCUGAGCAAUCUGGCAGAGGACCUUUCGCAGUCCCAUUUCUACGUCAACCCACUUGGCAAUUGCUUCAUAGACGUCUCCGCCGGCGACGGCGAGUUCGUCGAUCCGGCGUUUGGGGUACAGUUCUUGAGAUUAAACGACACCUUCAACUGGUCUCCAUACGGCGCCGUUAACCCUCCUCCGCCGUCCACAGUCGACAAUCUGUGGGACACCCGCCACGGGUUCCCCCAUCGCAGCGGCGAGAAGAGCAAGGCGAUCGUCGAUUACAAGAAGCAAUUGAACGAGAAGGACGAGAAAUUGGGGAAAUUGAAGACUCAAUUGAGAUUGAAUACCCUAGAUCUAGAAUCGGCGAAGAGGGAUAUGGAGAAGUACUCCAAGUGGUGCUACGAUUUCACGUACAGGUACCGCGACACAAUCUCGGCAUCCGAGGCUGCGGCGAAGAUUCGGCAGCGGAGGGUGAAGGUAGCGAGGUCGACAUUCAUGGCCCUAUCGCCGCCGGCGGUGCCGAUUAGUCCC